UGUGAAAUGAUGCUAAGUGUAGUUCUUAUUUCCUUGGUUUUGUUUCUUUGGGGCGCACAGUUCCUGAACUUGCAAUGGAAAAGUCGUGGAUUUCCUCCUGGACCAACUCCAUUUCCCAUCAUUGGAAGCAUGUGGAGAAUAAAUUUUAGAGCUGAUCAUGGGAGUCUGAAAAAGCUGGCAAAAAUCUACGGCAAUAUCUGCACCCUGUGGAUGGGUCACCAACCCAUGGUGGUGCUGUAUGGAUUCCAAGCUGUGAAGAAUGGUCUCACCACCAAUUCAGAAGAUGUUUCUGGGAGGCUACAGACCUUUGUCUUCAACAGAAUGGCAAAUGGAAAGGGUAUCCUGGUCUCAAACGGUCUCGUCUGGAAACAUCAAAGACAUUUUGGAAUUGGAGCUCUCCGAAAACUGGGCAUGGGGAAUAAAGGAAUGGAGCGUGGGAUACAAACCGAGGCCCGUUACCUGGUUGAGUUCUUCAGGAGCAAAGAUGGCAGAGCUGUUGACCCUUCCUUCCCCAUUGUUCAUGCUGUCUCCAAUGUCAUCUGUGCUGUGGUGUUUGGACAUCGGUUCUCCUUAGAGGAUGAAACCUUCUGCCAGCUGAUUGAAGCAUUCAGUUGUAUGGUGGCUUUUGCAAACAGCUACUUUCACUAUGUAUGUGAACUCCUCCCAUGGGUUGCAGAGCUCCUCCCAGGACCUCAGCUGAAAGCAUCAUAUUCUUGUGAAUUUAUUCGGUCUUUCAUAAGGCAGGAAAUCAAAACCCACAGGGAAAGAGGCAAAAUAGGUGAACCAGAAGAUUUCAUUGACCUUUACCUGGAUCAGAUAGAGAAAACUAAAAAUAUCCCCAAUUCUACAUAUGAUGAAGACAACAUGGUGCAGUCUGUUUUUGACCUGUUCCUGGGUGGCUCAGAGACCACUGCCACCACUCUGCGUUGGGCUCUGCUCUAUAUGAUGGCUUAUCCUGAUGUCCAAGAAAAGGUCCAGAAAGAACUAGAUGCUGUUCUGAGUCCCUCCCAUCUCAUCUGCUACGAGGACCGGAAGAGGCUGCCCUAUACCAACGCUGUGAUUCACGAGAUCCUGCGCUUCGGCAGCAUUGUCUUAAUCACAAUUCCUAGGCAAGCAGUGAAGGAUACAACUGUCUUGGGGUACUGGCUUCCAAAGGGCACUCUUAUUAUGGCAAACAUAGAUUCAACUCUUUUUGACCCUGAAUACUGGGAGACCCCUCACCAGUUCAACCCUGGUCAUUUCUUGGACAAGGAUGGAAAUUUUGUGACUCGAGAGGCCUUCUUAGCCUUCUCAGCAGGCCACCGUGUGUGUCUGGGAGAGGUGCUGGCAAAGAUGGAGCUUUUCAUCAUCUUCUGCAGCCUGUUGAAGGCAUUCAAGUUCACUCCACCAGAAGGAGUUAAGGAAGUCAACACAGAGGCGAUCUUUGGGGGCACAAUGAAACCCCAUCCAUACAAGCUCUGUGCAGUUCCUCGCUAGGUUGCAGAGCCUUACAGAUCUGAG